CGGCCCCGCCCCAAGAUGGCGGCGGCGGCGGCUUCGCGCCCGGGUGGGGGCGGGGCCGGCGGCCGUUGCGGGGGCGGGGCCAGCGGCCGGGGCCACGGGGAGCCGGGCUCCCCGAUCCCCGGGGCCGUAGCCGGGCCCCCCCCGCGCGCCCAGGACCCGGGGGGCGACAUGGAGCCAACACUGCCCCCCAGCCCUCGACCCCUGACCCUUGACCCCGACCCCGACCUCGCCGCCCUGGCGGAGGAGCUGGACCGGUCCCUGAGCGCCGGCCUGGGGGGCAGCGCCCGCCUGCAGGGGUCACGAUCUCUCUGCCCCCAGGACACCCCCAGGGGCUCGCACCACGCCGAGGAGAUGGAGGGCGUGCGGCGCUGUCUGCGCAGCCUGCUGCCGGACCCAGGUGGGGGGGCGCUGGGCGAACGCGGCUUCGACGACGACAACUCGUUCGACAGCGACAGCACUGCAGCACUGCUGGGCGCCCGGCCCCUUCAGGACGCAUCCCCACCCAGCUCGGCCACCGGCCUGGAAGAGCUGUUCCCCCGCUACAGCAGCCUGCGCCUUGGCUCCCCACGCACCCUGGCACAGCCGGAGCCCCCCCGCCAGGUCCUUGAGCAGGAGCGUGCCCGCCGCAGGCAUUGCGAGCGCCAGAUCCAGGACCUGCAGGCCCAGAUGUUGGCACUGCAGCAGCAGCUGGCCGUGGCCGUGGCUGCUGACCAAAGGAAGGACUCAAUGAUCGAACAGCUGGACAAGACGCUGGCGCAGGUGGCGGAGGGCUGGCGGCGCCAGGAUGCGGAGCGCAGCGCAGGGCUGCGACGCCUACAGGCCACAGCUGAGGCCAGCGCCCUGGCCCUGAAUGCGGAGACUCAGCGAGCAUCGGAGCUGGCUGGGCAGCUGGAGCGGGUGCAGGCAGUGCUGGAGCGGGCACGGGAUGAGGCUACACGGCUGCGGCAGGAGAAGGCUACCUUGGAGGAGGAGGCAGCAGCACAGGGGCGGAGCCUGGAGGCAGAGCGGGAGCGGGGGCGGGGCCUAGAGGCAGAGCUGGAGCAGGGGCGGGGCCAGCUGGCUGGGCUGGAGGAGCAGCGGAGUCUCGGGGAGGAACGCGAGCGGUGGCUGGACCAGCGGUGCUGCAGCCUGGAGCAGGAGGGCGCCGCCCAGUGCCAGCGCCUGGAGGCAGCAGAGCAGCGGGCAGCCCAGGCCCAGGCAGAGUUGGCGGAGGCCCAGGCUGAAGCCCAGCGCCUGGGCACUGAGCUGGAUGCGGCCCGGGCUGAGCGUGACACGGCACAGCUGGAGAUGAGCCUGCUGCAGGCGCGGGGGGCAGCACAGAGGGCACAACGUGAGGCCGAGCUCCGGGCAGUGUUAGAGCAGGAGGUGACAGAGCGCCUGGGUCGGGCCCACGAGGAUGCCCUCCGCCAGCUGGGGGCUGCCCGUGAGGCCCAUCGAAAGCAGCUGCUGGAGCUGAGCGCGCAGCACGAGCGGGAGCUGGCUGCGCAGCUGGCCCAGAGCCGGGCCGAGCUGGCUGAGCGCGAGGAGCGGGCCCGGCGCCAGGCCCAGGACUAUGAAGACAGGCUGGCACAACAGGAGGCGCUGACACGGGAGUUGCGGGCUGGGCACUGGCGGCUGGAAGCCCAGCGGGCUGACACAGUGACACGCCUGCGGGCGCUCAUGGAGGCACAUUGGCACGAGGCCCUGCAGCUCCUGUUGGGCUCCAGCGACAUCUCUGCCAGCUCUGGAGAAGACGCGGGGGCCCGGGUGACCUCCCCCAGCCUCCUUUCUGCUCCACGGCCCUCCGCCUCCCACCCCUCAGAGCCUGAGUGUCCCCCAGCUGAGGGCCUCUUGGACCAGCUGCCCCAGCCCGGGCCCCCCAGCCCCCGUGCCAGCCCAGGCCUGAUGGAGCAGCUGUUCCCCGAGGACAAAGGGAGGGGCAGCAGGGGCGACUCCCCCAUCCCAAGCAGCCCAGAGAGGGGGCGGGACCCCGAUCUGCAGCGCUGCCUGGCCCUGCUGCUGGGCUGGUCCCCGGGGGCUCCCCUCACUGGGGGGCCCGAGGGUGGCCUCCAGCCUCGUGCUCCCGCCUGGCCUGGUAAGAGGACGCCCAUUGGGUGGCGCUGCAGUGCCCCAGGGGUCUUGGUGCCCCCUCCGCUCACCAUGUGCCCCCCAGGUCCUUUUGAGGGCCACCCGAGGGCCUCCCUGGCACCCCCCCCCGCAGUCCGCAAGACCAAGGUGCCUGUCCUCCAGGCUGACCCUGGGCCACGGGGUCCUGCGGGUGAUGGCACUGUGCCGUCCCCCCAGGAGCUGGCUGAGUUGCUGCGGCUGCGCCCUGCACCACGCCCGGCGCUGUACGUCUCCCCGGACCCUGCCCGCCCGCCCCGGCUGGAGGUGAAGGGAGAGGGGAACCAGGCCCACCUGGGCUCCCGCAGGGCCGUAGACCCCCGGCUGGCAGAGCCCCCACGGAAGGAGGUGGCUCCAGCCCGUCGUCUCGAGCGAACCCAGGCAUUUGGGAAGGUGGGCAGAAAGCCGGCCCCGCACGCCCCACCAGGUGCCCGCAGCGCCAAGGCAGGGGGCGGCGCCUGGCGAUGAGCUGAUUGAACUGUGUGAUUGAACUCCCGGUGUGGCCAGAGCAAGAUGUCCGCCUCGUGGGGGUGGGGCCGGGUGGGUUGGCCCGCCCCCUUGUUGCAGGUUUGGCAACCCGCUUCGUUAACGGUUCAACCCCUUCCCUCAUUAAUGGUUGAAAUAAAGUGGUUUUGGGUGUUUGUA